AUGGAUGAUAUACCUGGGGACACCAAUGUCCCAUCAACUACAACAUCAACAACAAACACAACAGGAGUAGUAGUGGAUGAAUUGGAUACAACAUCAUCAUUGGCUGCAGCAACAUUGUCAAUGUCAUUAACAGAUGCAGAGGCAGAGGCAGAGUCAUUGUUAUACACCCAACGAAAUUCAACAAUGUUCCCUCAUAACUUGACUGUUGAAGAUUGUAGAGAUGCUAUUAGGGAUGCACGUGGAUUCAGGGAGGAGGUAUUCGAUGGUACUUUAGUGUUCUCUUAUGACAUGCUAUGCAAUGAUUCAUUCCCUGAUCCAAUGAAGGAGACUGAUCCCAAGAAGUCAUUCCUACUCAAAGUGCGAAGAGAAUGUCGUGGCAUCAUCUUUGACGCGGCCACAGGCAAGCUCCUCAGUCGAAAGUUCCACAAGUUCUUCAAUGUCAACGAGUUGCUUGAGACCAAGGCUGACAAGAUAGACUUGUCUGAGCCCUAUAUAUUGAUGGAGAAGAUUGAUGGAUCGAUGAUCACUCCAUUGUUGAUCAAUGGAGCGGUGUCGUGGGGCUCAAAGAAGGGCGCCACAACGGAUCUUGCAGUAAAGGUCGAUGCAUACGUCACAUCAUGCUACGCCACAUCAACGGCAACAACAUCAUCAGAGGAUGCAGCUGCAACAGGACAAAAACAUAGAUUCAAUGAGUUUGCAUUGGAAUGGUUAUCAAAUGGGUACACUCCAUUGUUUGAGUUCAGUUCAAAGAAUCAACAGAUCAUCCUAUACUACCCAGAGGACAACUUGAGAUUGAUCUCAAUCAGAAACAUUCAAACUGGUGAAUAUGUUCCAUACGAGCGAUUGAAGCAAUCGGCAUUGGACUACGACAUACCAUUCAUUGGCAUCAUUGACAUCAAGCAACAUCCAUCAUUCUCCCAGAUCACCAACAUGACACAGUUGGUCAAUGUUGUUCGCGAACUCAAACAUAUUGAAGGCUUUGUCAUCAAGUUUGACAGCGGCAAGCAUUACAAGAUCAAGUGCGAUUGGUAUAUGGGCGUGGCACGUCUACACCUUCAAUCCAAGAAGGAGAACACCCUCCUCAAGAGCGAGAAGGACGUUUGGGGCCUUGUCCUGAGCGGGCACAUUGAUGAUUCAAUUGCCGCGCUUGCCGGCUCGAUUGAGGAUGACAGCGACUCACGCUCUGUGGAGGCGCUCAAGCGAAUCAAGAAGUUCUCAGCAGUCCUCCUCGAGCGAUUGGAGGUGGUCACGAUUGGCGUGAUCAAAGCAUUGAUCAAGGCCAAGCAGGAAGGUGUUACAAGGGGCAAGUUCUCCCAGUUCUUGAGCGACUACUGCAACAAUGAUGUCUCAGAGGAUAAACUCAAUCAUUGUAAAUCAGACAAGUUACUCCCAGUGGCUUACAAGUUCUUUGACGAGAUCACCGCCACAUCAACAGUCCAGCAACAUAUCGCAGCCGUCUCCAGAUGGCUCGUAGCCUACUGCAAAGACCUCAACGCUGCCAAGCUCGAGACUGCCAAGGCCAUGCUGGGGCAAGACUUGGUCCAGUUAUGA